AUCUCUCGCGGGCGCGGUGACCCUGCGGCGCCCGGCCCUGUCCUCGCCCGCGCGGCUGUCUCGCGCAGGUCACGUCCCUGCCCUGGCUGGCUGGCGGCGCGUCUCCUCGGCCUCCCCGCUCUCACCGCCAGUUUGGCCCUGAAAAUCCUGGCCGGCAGCCCGGCGCGGGGCGCUGGAGAGCGGGGUGUGCGCGGCCCUGCGCGGGCAGGACGCGGGGUCUCAGCGUCACCCCAUCGGCGCCGGCCCACUCUUAAGUGGCAUCUUUGGCUGUGGCUCUGGGCUCAUGUCAGACUUGCCAAAGGCGUGGACCUAGACAGUGCUCUGUAAGUGGAGGCCUGGCAGCCAGCGCCCGGGACCUCUGGGGGAGGAUGGUGACGCCCUGGCGCUUCUCUGUCAGGGUCUGCUUGUGGCACCUCAGGGGUUUUGAGCUCAGGAAGGAACUCUGCCUUCUGAGACCCCCUGGGUGCUGUCGCAAUGCCAGGCUCUGCUGGCUGCUGCUGGGCACUUUGCCCAGAGUCAUCUCAGCCUCUGAGGACUUUGGUGAGGGGGCCCUUGAGAGCUUGUGUCAGCGGAGGGCCAGCUGGAGUGACCCGGUGGCCGGGGGGCCCCUGGAGACAGCCCCCCACGAGGGGUGGCCCGGCUGCCUCCUUCUGCACCUCGGAAUCUGGCUCCGGGCUGGAACUCUCCUGGUGAAGUUCCUUCCCCUCCUUUUACUGUACCCCUUCACCUACCUGGCUCCCGGAGUCUCCAGACUCUGGCUGCAUCUACUUCUGAAAGCCACGGAGUCCUCGGGCCCAACGUACAUCAAACUGGGCCAGUGGGCCAGCACCCGGCGAGAUCUCUUUUCCGAGGCCUUCUGUGCCUGCUUCUCCAAGCUGCACGUCCAGGUUCCUCCUCACCGUUGGAUUCACACUGAACACUUCCUGCGCCAGGCGUUUGGAGAGGACUGGGCGAAGUUCCUCAGCUUUGAGACACGAGAACCCGUGGGUUCAGGUUGUGUGGCCCAGGUGUACAGAGCACAGGCCAACCCCGCUUUCCUGGAGGGUGACAGCAUCCAGAGACUGGCCAAGGCUUCCAGUCUGUGGCCUUCCUCAGAAGCCGAGGCAGCCGCAGGGCUGAGAGAGCCCUUCGUACGCCCGGGGAGCGGGUGGAAGCCUCAAGGGAGUCUUGCUGACCAGGCAUUUCUAGAAAGCCUGCUUCUCCCCAAAGCUGAUGUGGCUGGACUCAAUGCCGGCACGUCUCAGGCAUCUGCUCACCCACUGGGGCCUGGUAAUCUCAUCCCUGUGGCCGUGAAAGUGUUGCACCCUGGCCUGCUCUCCCAAGUGCAAAUGGACCUGCUGUUGAUGAAAACGGGCAGCCGAGUUCUUAGCCUUCUGCCAGGGGUCAAGUGGCUUAGCUUGCCUGAGAUUGUGGAGGAAUUUGAGAAGCUCAUGGUCCAACAGAUCGACCUGCGCUAUGAAGCCCGGAAUCUAGAACAUUUCCAGUGCAACUUCCUGAACGUGAGCUCCGUCAAAUUCCCCACCCCGCUGCGUCCCUUCGUCACCAGGGAUGUCUUGGUGGAAACAUACGAAGAGAGCGUGCCCGUGUCCAGCUACCAGCAGGCAGGGAUCCCUGAUGCCUUGAAGAGGAAGAUUGCGAGGCUGGGCAUCAACAUGCUGCUGAAGAUGAUAUUUGUGGACAAUUUCGUCCACGCGGACCUCCACCCUGGGAACAUCCUGGUGCAGGGCGCUGGCGGCCCGGCCCAGAGCCAGGAGGCACGGCUGCAGCAGGUGGGCGCGGGCGACGCGCUGGGGGGGGCCGUGCCAGCCGCCCGCCUCCCACUGCGCCUGGUGCUGCUGGACGCUGGCAUCGUGGCCGAGCUGCAGGCUGCUGACCUGCGGAACUUCCGGGCGGUUUUCACGGCUGUGGCCCUGGGCCAGGGGCAAAAGGUAGCCGAGCUCAUCUUGCAUCAUGCCCGGGCCAGCGAGUGCCGGGACGUGGAGGGGUUCAAGGCCGAGAUGGCCACGCUGGUGACCCAGGCCAGGAAGAACACCAUCACCCUGGAAAAGCUUGAAGUUUCCAGUCUUCUCUCCAAUGUCUUUAAAUUACUGAUGACUUACCAGGUAAAGCUUGAGAGCAAUUUUGCCUCAAUUGUGUUUGCCAUCAUGGUGUUGGAGGGGCUUGGCCGCUCCCUGGACCCCAAACUGGACAUCCUGGAUGCAGCAAAGCCCUUCCUUCUUAAAGGCCCAGUGUCCUUCCCCUGACCACAGCAGCCCAUCUUCCUCACCUCACGGAGCUGAAGCCUCUUCCACAGCAGCACGGACAUUUUAAAAUCGGGAGGUGUGGAGGGCACACUCCUGCUUUACACCGGUUUGGUGUCAGGCGUCUGUGCUAAGAAGUCUGCGUGCGUUAUUUGGGAUGUAAAGGGAGGGAAAAGCGCUUUGCUGUUCUGGAAGCUGGGCCUGCAGUCUAUUUCAGGGAGAGUGUUCUGUGAGAAGGAGAAAUAAACUUAGUUAUUUUG